GUCCCAGUUUCUGUUGGCAAUUUGCAGAGCAAGAACCGCAGUGUCUCCAUUCUCUUGUCAGAAGCAGGAACUUGAAGCCAGAGGGUGUGCGCUUUUGCGAGCAUGGUUCCUCGUGGGGUCAGAGGAGCCAGCUGCUGUGUUUGAGCAAAUGAAGGGGUAGUAAAUGCAGGUGUCUGACGCCGAUUCGACGAGCCCUGCUUUUGAUGCACAAUCUGGGGGCUACGUAGAGGGUGGAGUCUGCAAACAUUCUGGAAGGCACAGUUCAAGAGUUCCCGUCUUGGGUGCUCCACGUGAAUGACGCAGGCUCUGCGGGAGUCAGAGGACGCGCUUAUACGUCUUUGCAAACGAGCCUUGCGACAGAGAUCCCGGUCAGCUUGCAUAAAGCCGCCAUCUUACGCUCCAGGUCACUGCCCGUUUCCUUACCAUAGCCUCCUAGAAGAACGCUUGGCGCCCUUCCGAGCUCUUCUCGAUAUGUACAAGAAUCAGCUUCAGGAACUUGCUCAAAGGAGCUGCUUCAACCUGCCGUCCUAUGGGUGCCUUCGAGAGGGGCCUGACCACGCGCCCCGGUUCAAGGCGACUGUCAAGUUCAAUAACGAGGUGUUUGAGGGGCCGGGGUUUUGCAGCACGCUCAGACAGGCCGAGCAUGCAGUGGCUGAGGUAGCUCUGCAAGAGCUGUCCAAAAGGGGGCCAGCGCAAUCCCUCGCCGCAAAGAUGCUGGAUGAAACGGGAGUCUGCAAAAACCUGCUCCAGGAGACUACUCAGAAAGCCGGCGUUCCCCUCCCUGUUUACUCCAGCAACCGGACCGGCCCAGGGCACCUCCCUGUGUACAUUUGCACUGUGGAUGUGGCGGGACGCAGAUACAGUGGGCAGAGCGCAAAGACUAAGAAACAGGCAGAAAAGAAUGCGGCCGCGGCGGCAUGGGCGGCUCUCAAGAGAUCUCAAAACGUUGCGGAGAGCGAGUCAGACGAGCUGGCCCAGACUGCGGUGGUAAAGGCCCUCCUCACAGCCCCCCCCGAGGGUGACAGCGAACUUCCAUCCACCUCUGCCGAAGGCCCCUUGUUCCAGGAGCAGAUAGCGCUCCCGAGGGAGCCCCUGCGCACCAGCAGGCUCUUUGGAGGGGUAACCGGCAUGGGGACUUCGUGGCAGAGUGCAGAGUAUGGCCUCCCCACAAAGUUAUCAGAGCGAGUCAAGGCAGAGGUGGCUGUUGGAACGUCUGGUGCGGAGAGGGCAGAAGAGAAUGCUGACGUGGCGGAGGUCAGCAAGGGAGUGGAAAGAGUGGGCCUGCCGCCGGCGCCGGCGCCGUUCAACCUGUUCAGCGCGGUACCGUUCAGGCAGGAAUGGAUCAGCCCGGCGGAGGCAAAGCAGGCGAAGGCGCCUUCUUCUCCGAUGGCGUUGGCGCCGCUUGUGGUACCGAGGGCGCUCCAGGCUGUGUACGCCAAGCCUGAGGAGGGGGACGAUGAUGACAUCAGCGAUGACGAGUCUCCAACGGGGAAGGUGUUGGGGGAGUUGAAGAAGAGAGAUAGGCCGUUUGGGUAGGGUUGGGACGGUUGGCCAGUCAAAAGAGUUCCUGUGUCCACACACCCCUCCAACGUCAAGCGCGCUCCGAUUGCAGCGCGAUCAUAGGACGGAAGUAGGUUACGAGAGCGGUUAGCGCGAGCUUGCAGCACAGAGCACAGCGCAGCCGGGCCUGGAGGCGCGAAGCUGGGUGAUUCUUCGAAGAAAUUUUCAGGCGAUUGUCGUGGGUGUGUUUCUUGAUAGCAUCAUAGAUGCGAAAGUCAGAGUUAGCCUUCUGUUUCAGUGAGUUCUGUCAGUAUUCCAGUCAUAAAGAUAUGUCUUGCAUACUCCAAGUCCACCGUGUCAACUUAACAACGCUUAACAACGUUCAGGGACACCACAUAGUUUGAUCAUUUAUUGUAUACCAAAGUAUACAGCUUUGGGGAUUGAACCCUGCUUACACUUCCUUAGUAUUUUUUAACAGAAGUUUCCAAUGUGGAACACUUUUCUGGUUGGUGGCCAAU